AAAAAAUAAAUGUCAGGGUCGAGUGUUAAGGUCGCUGUUAGAGUCAGGCCUUUUAAUCCAAGAGAGAAUGCACUGGGAGAUAAGUGCAUUUUAAAGAUGGAUGGGUAUAAGACUACCAUCACAAAUCCAGCAGAUGGAAGCACAAAGGACUUCACCUUUGAUUAUAGUUUCUGGUCCCAUGAUGGCUAUAUUGAGGAGCCAAAUGGGUACUUGAAGGCUGAUCCAGGCCAUAUGGGUUGUCAAUACAAUGAUCAAUCCUUUGUUUACAAUGUAUUGGGAGAAGAAGUCCUCAACAAUGCUUGGGACGGAUUUCAUACCUGUUUAUUUGCCUAUGGUCAGACAGGAUCUGGUAAAUCAUACUCAAUGAUUGGGUAUGGGGAGAACAAAGGAAUCGUUCCCCAGUCAACCAAUGAAAUCUUUAAUCGGAUCAAUAAUAGCACAGAUGAUAACAAGAAGUAUCAAGUAAAAUGCUCCAUGGUUGAGAUCUAUAACGAAAAAGUCCAAGAUUUGUUAGUUUUACCUAAGGAUCGAGUCCAGAGUGGCCUCAAGAUUCGUGAAGACAAGAAGAGAGGUGUUUACAUUCAAGGUGUCACUGAAAUCCCAGUAGGGUCCUACUCAGAGAUUGACAAGGUGAUGCAGAAGGGAAAUGAGAAUAGAUCAGUUGGGGCCCAUAAGCUCAACCAGAAUAGUUCUAGGGCCCACACAGUCAUCUCCAUUGAUUUUAAAACAGUGGACACAGCGACAAAGACAGAGAGACUCUCUGUUAUUAAUCUAGUGGAUCUUGCUGGAAGUGAGAAGACAGAGAAGGCAGGCACUACCGGAGAUAGGCUUAAGGAAGGAUGUGCUAUCAACAAAAGUCUAAGUACACUUGGUCAGGUUAUCAAGGUCCUUGCUGACAAGAGUUCUGGGAAAGGAAAGAAACAAAUUGUCCCGUACAGAAACAGUGCUUUGACAAGAAUCCUUCAGAAUGCCUUAGGAGGUAACUCUAAGACAAUGAUGAUCUGUGCUCUGUCUCCAGCAGGUGAUAACUAUGAUGAAACCCUAAGUACACUUAGAUAUGCAGACAGGGCUAAGAGUAUCAAGAAUAAAGCUGUUGUGAAUGAAUCUCCAACCGAGAAAUUAAUCAGAGAGCUCAAGGAAGAAAACGAUCGUCUUAAGAAAUUAAUGGAAAAUGGAGGAGUUAUACCUGGAGAAGACUCAGAGGAAUUCAAGAAAAUGCUUGAAGACAAUCAAAAGGAAAUGGAAGAAAGAGAGAAGUCCUGGCAACAGAGAUUGGAGGAGGCUCAAGCAAAUGCUGAUUCUGAAGAAAAGAAAGCUGAUCUAAAUGUUCCUCAUAUAGCUAAUCUUAGUGAAGAUCCUCAGCUGGAUAGACUAGCUGUUUACGAUGUAACUUCUGAAGAAAAGACAUAUGUAGGUAGGAAGAAAGGAAAACCUGCUCCAUCGAUCAUGCUGGGAGGACCUGGAAUUCAGACUAAUCAUGCUUACUUUGAAAGUAAGGGAGAUGACGUAUACUUGAAGGCUAACUCUAAAGAUGCUAAAGACCAAAUUAAGGUCAACGGUAAACUAAUAGGCAAAGGUGUCAAACUUGGCCACAAUGAUAGAAUCGUCUUCGGAGCAGCUUCAAUGUUUGUAUUCAGACUCCCUGGAGAAAAAGAUGACCUGAGCAUUGACUAUGAGAUGGCCCAAGAUGAAGUCAAUGCAGAGCUUAAGGCAGAGCAAGAGAAGAAGAUGGAACAAGAUAGGUUGGAGGAAGAAGCUAAGCUUAAAGAAAUUGAAGAAAAAUAUGAGGAACAGAGAAGAGAGGAGGAAGCUAAGCAGCAAGCUGUAAGAGAAGAGCAAGAAAGGAAGAUCAAGGAGCUUGAAGAAAAACUUAAGACUGAGCAGGAGGAAGAUGAAAAACAAAAAGCCGAAGAUCAGAAAAGACAGGUAGAAGAAGAGAUUAAGAGAAGAGAGGAAGAAGCUAGACUUGCAGAGUUAAAGGCCUUAGAAGAAAAAGAAGAGCAGAAAUAAGUUACUGGAGAAAAAGAAGAAGGACCAUCAGAGAUUAGAUGAAACUCUUAAUACUUUGUUACCUAUGGUUAAGGAGGCUAAUAUCUCUGCUGAGGAGCUGAAGAGAAAGAUAUUUUUCGAACCAACAAUUGUGCAUGAAGCUGAUGACAUACCUGGACAGUCCCCACUUGAAGAGCUUAAAAACAGUAAAUCAAAGGUCAAAGUCAAGAUCCAAAAUAAAGAAGAUGGGUAUGAAUAUUUGUGGGACCCCGACAAAUUCUCAGAUAGAUUGUAUUUAAUCAGAGACGUUAUGAAUGAUUACUUUGACUCUGGUAAAAUGCCAAAAUUACCAAAGGAAGAGGAUCCAUUUUGGGAUCCUGAAGAAGCAAUCCUAAUCGGGAAAGCCUACCUGUACCUGAAAUCACUCGGAUUUCUGUUAGAUAAUGUGAGUAGUUGCAAGAUCAUGAACACCAAUAUAGCAGCCUCUUGAGGAUCCCUCACAUGUGGAGUAGUCCCAACAGAUGAGACUGGAGAAGCAGAUGUAUGCCCAGAAGAGUUAGAGCCCAAUGAUCCAGAAGAUCUUAUUGGUAGAUCGAUAGAUUUGAAUAUCAUCGUUGAUAAAGCUGAGGGUCUUCCUGAGAACUUAUGAAAGGAUACCUAUGUUAAGUUCUCUUGGUACUUGGGCAACGAAGAGUUCCAAACAAAUGUGAUUGAAGGAGUGGGAAAAGAUGUCACAUACGGAUUCAAACAUCAUCUCAAGAUCGACUGUGUCACUGAAGAUCUUCUGAAAUAUUUCGAUAAAGAUGCUAUCAGCUUCAGUGUCUAUGGAAAUCCAACCAAUGCUAAAUUCAAGAAAAUGUUGACACAGAAGGAGAAGGAAAAGAAGAAGGAAGCCAAGAAAGAGGCUCCGAAGGCAUCUACAAAAGCUGCUUAUAAGGAAGAAGCAAAGGAAGAGGUUAAGAAGGAAGAUCCUGCAAGUAAAGGCUCAAAGGCAGCUUCCAAGCCGAAGAGUAAGACGAAUACAAAAGUUGUAAAGAUGACUACUCCUGAUGGAAAGGUCGUGGAAGUGGUUAAAGAGAAACAAGGGUGUUGUACCAUUUUCUAGUUGAAAUAAGCCAAAUAUGGGAAUAAAA